GAUAAGCGAGAAAGAGAGCACAUGUUGAUGCGAUACAAUUGAUAUAGUUGAGUCAUGAUUGAACGUAAUUGAGUCUAAAUGGAUAGUACGGCUUUUGCACUCAAUCAGUAUCAGCGUCAGUAUCCAUUUAAUUCCUUAUUCAGCGCUAGUAAAACUGUAACAGUAAUAUCUUGCUUAUUUGAUAACGCAUCUUGAAACGUGAAUAUCUUGAAUCAAGUAAUAAGACAUAAGAGUCGUGACUGUAACAGGAGUAAGACAAAAUAUGUCAUUGACGAAGGCUCUUCGAGUUGUAAGCAGUAUUAUGCAGAAAAGACCCUUAUUGUUUAAUUCAAUGGUAUAUGGUUUCUUCUAUACGAGCGCCGAGUUCAUCCAACAGAGUUUCACUAAGAUGUCAAAGCCGAUACAGCCUAUUACCAUAGACCGUGAAAUUUCUUCCAACAUAAAAGGAUCAAUAUUAAUCCAAAUACAAAAAUUUUGUGAAGUGUUAGAUCUCGUAGAUAAAAAUUCUAAUUCUGCAACUUAUAAUUGGCCGCAAUUGAAAAGAUAUGCGAUCUUUGGUUGCCUCUUAGCUGGACCAAUGCUACACGGAUGGUACAAAUGGCUGGAUACGUUUUAUAGUGGAAAAUCCACCAAGAUUGUAUUAAAAAAACUGUUUGCAGACCAAUUUAUCUUAACACCACCGUUAAUUAUCUUGUUCUUUAUCAGUAUGAGUUUAAUGGAAGCUAAGUCAGAUCUCCUUCAAGAAUGCAAAAUUAAAUUCGUGCACACUUUUCAGACUUCAUGCGGAUAUUGGUUGCCAGUGCAAUUUGUGAACUUUCUAUUAAUUCCGCCAUCUUUUCGAGUGACAUAUGUUAGUAUUGCUGCUUUCUGUUGGGUCAAUAUUCUAUGUUAUUUGAAAAAUUUACCUGUUUCUGAACACGAGCAGAAAAUAAAAUACUGAAAUCUUUCACAUAAAUACAUAUCACAAAUAAUACUUUUUUACUCUAUAAUCUAUAUCAAUCAUUGUUUUUACUGUCAAUGAAACAAUCAAAGAAAUGUCACAAUAUUUAAUGCAUAAUCAGCACAUAUAUAGACAAUUCAUUAUUUAUUCAUUUCCGAAUAUAGUUUUAUUUAUAGGAAUAGCAUAGGAC